AUGUGCGGUGAUACUACCCGAACCGCCAACGGCGGAACCAUCGCUGUCGUCUUCCCUCUAGACCAGCUUUGUUCAUCGAAUAGCUCGGUCGCUUCGCUGUCUUCAUCCCCGGACUCAGUGACAUCCACUGCAUCCAUGUCUCCAUAUUCAUUGUUCUUCCGCGACCCAGAGUCAAACAGUCGCAAGACCAAGGCCACUUUCCACAUCGACGAUGCCGACACUUACAACGCAUUGCGGGGACAUCGGCAACUCGAUAUGCGUAUCGAGAAAUACGGUGACCUCUCCACAAACACGGCAACGUCUCCUCCUCCACUACACAAAUUUCGACUAGACUUCGCCCGGGGACAGUCCACGGCAGGGCCGGCACCAAGGACGGUAGAAUUCGAGCUGCCCGAACGGCUGGACCUGGGCGCUUCGGAGAAGGGGGUUGUGGGCCGUCAGGUCACGAUGGAAGCGGGCGGGUCAAUCCUAGGGGUCGGGAUCGUUGGAUACAAUUAG